AUGUUCACCCGAAACACCUGGGCCGACUUGGACACGUUCCGCGGCAUGACGGAGCUGCCCCUUAUACUAAAGGGCAUCCAGACGGCUGCCGAUGCAAAGGCUGCUAUUCAGCAUCAGGUCCUGGCCAUCAUCCUCUCCAACCACGGCGGACGCAACCUCGAUGGCUCGCCAUCGGCACUCGAGGUAGCUAUCGAGUUGUAUAAUGAGGACCCUAAACUUUUCCAACAGAUCGAGGUUUAUGCCGAUGGUGGCGUGCGUUACGGUAGUGAUGCCGUGCGGCUGCUGGUUUUGGGGGUCUGGGCUGUCGGCCUGGAACGGCCCUUUAUGUAUGCUAACGCCUUCGGCCAGGAGGGUGUUGAAAAGGUCAUCAGCAUCAUGAAUACUGAAAUUGCUGGGGAUGCUGUUGACCUUGGCGUGGCGGCUUUGAAGAACAUUAGUGCUGAUUUGGUGGACUGGGAGCCCAACCACUGGUUCCCGUGA